AUGUCUCUGGAUCACCGCAAAACAGUCGCUCAUAAGCAGCGUCCUAAGGGAGAUGCAGGGUGCGCCAGGAAUUUCCUAAGGGAAGUAUCCAGGAUAGAUACGCAGUUGCUUAUAAGCAGCGUCAUAAGGGAGACGCAGGGUGACAACCAAAGCGUCCUUCGGGAGACGCAGCUCGUAAAAAACGUCCUAAGAGAGACGCAGGGUGCGCCAUAA